AUGGAUGAGGCCACGGCAGCUAUUGCAAAUGCACAGUCAGUACAAAAUCCAUUAAUGAUGGGCGCGAUGCCAUCAAGUCAUGUGCCAAGAACAGCCCGCCACAGACAUGAGAAAGCUCAUCUCAUGAAGCGGAUGGAUCGAAAGAGCGGGAAAUGGACAACGAACCAUCCACGAUACAGACUACUCGAGGCACUUUGGGCAUACACCCGAUAUCGUGAACGACACAUGGCCGAGCUUGAUCGAUGGCGAACCUUGUACAAGAGCACACUAGAAAAUACUAUUGGAUACAGGAAGAGGCUAGAUGAGAUUGAGAGAUUGAUUCUUACCAACGCAGCCAUUUGCAGGGACAUGGUACAGCAUGCCAUGCAGUUCUACGGCAUCGAGCAGAAAGAGCUCGAUGAUCACAUGUCACUGGCAGAGAAGGACGGGCGUCAAGCAGAUAGAUUUGCUACGUCGCAAACGCUAAAACACUAUGUGCGAGACUGGGCAGACGAGGGGCUGAAGGAGAGAAACGAAGCCUUUCCGUGCAUUUUGAGUACUAUAGAAAGUAUCAAGUCAGAAUACCCAGAAGACACUAAACUCAGCGUCUUACUCCCCGGCUCCGGACUAGGUCGCCUCGGCCACGACAUCGCCAACCUAGGGGCAGGCUUCGAAGUAACCAUCAACGAAUGGUCCAUGUUCAUGAAUAUCGGCUACCGCUACAUGGACUCCCAAACCACCCCCAACACACUAAUAUUCCACCCUUUUAUCGACGCAAUGUCGCACCACGCCACAAAGUCCGACAUGCUGCGCCCCAUCUCCGCCCCAAACAUAGCACCGCACCCAGACGUCCUCCUCGUCGAAGGCGACUUCACCACCGUUCUCGCCGACAAAGAAGGAACCUUCGAUAUCAUUGUCACGCACUUCUUCAUCGACACCGCGCGAAAUCUAAUGUCCUAUUUCGAUACCAUAUCGCGCCUCUUGAAACCGGGGGGUCACUGGAUCAACUUUGGUCCGCUGCUCUAUGGCACCGGUCCUUUUGUCCAGCUUUCCCUGGAAGAGAUUAUAAGGGUUGUGGAGGCCAUGGGGUUUGCGUUUGAGGAUCUAGGAGAGGAGUGUGGGGAGUUGACGUUUGAAGGGGGGAAGGUGAGGAGUAGGGAGGCGGAGUAUGGGUUUAAUGUCAAGGCGUUGACGAGGUAUGCGUAUUUGGCGCAGGUUUGGAGGGUGAGGAAGGUGUGA